AUGGGGCCAGGGAAUGCAAAUCUUGUGCGUUCCGACUCCUCCAGUGACAGUGACUCUGAGAGCAGCUCUGAGGAGUCUGGCAGUGAAAGUAGUGAUGGGGAGGAGGAGAAGGUACCCAAACCAGGGCCAGAAAACAAUAAGGCCAAGGAGGAAGAGGAGGAAGCACCUGCUGUGCCUCUGCCUCAGCAAGCACAGGGGGGCUGGAGUCUGCUCAACUUUAUCAAGAAAGACAAGCCAGAGAAAGCGCCAGCCGAUCCACUGGAAGAGAAGUUGGAAUUCCUUCGUGACAAUAAUGUCAAUAGUAUAGAAAAGGACAUUGGCGCGGACACUCUGCUGACCUCUGACCUUGACCCCGUGGACAGCGAGAUGGUGACUGCGCACAUGGACCGCAGCAAUGAGGCUCUGUUUGAGGAGCUGGACCAGAUGGUGGACAGGGUGGCUCGAAGGAGCAAAGAAUUUGAAAGAGCUGAUCUGAAAUUCAAUGAUGACAUCUUUGAUGAUGAGGGUGAAGAUGAAACCGAUUCACAUGCAGUUAAGGAAGAAAAGAUCUUGCCCGCUUCAGCAAAAAUUGUUCAUGGGUCUCCAAAACAUACACCCAGCCAAAAUGGGGUGCAAUUGUCUUCGUCUCCCAACAGGACUGGUAACGUGUCCAAAAUGGAACCGCCAAAAAUUGUCAUCAAAACUGAUCCUGCCUCACCCUUGGAUGUUAAGAUGGAUUUCUUAUCUCCCAUUGUGAAGAAUGAUCUGCUGUCUCCGCUCCCUGCUGAGACCCCUGUCUACAAGUCCAAAAUCCAUUUUCCGUCAGCCACAACAGUCGAUGAAAAAUCCAAAGAGGCCCUUAAGCUGAAGCUGAAGUUUGACUCUGUGUCUUCUGAUAAACCCAAACAUGGUAGAACGGGAGAUCAGCAAGCUGUGACAGGGAAGUCUGUCCAGUCAGAGUUGAAAUCUCCAGUUGAAUCAACAGACAGUGAGGAUGCCAGUGAAAAAAGCAAAGGAGGAAAAACGGGCAAGAAAUUGAAAGGUGCUCGUCGUAUGACAGUGGAUCUCGUGAGAAUUGAUGAUGAUGUGAAGGAUUCUGGGAAUGUACAAAAGAAUGGAGCCCCCACCAAGGAAAGCAGCAAAACCUCUGAUUCUAAAUCACAAAAGGAAAAGACACCAAAGUCUAGUAACAAUGGGACUUCAAAAGGGGAAAGAAAGAGCAGGAAGAAAAUCAAAUCCAAAGAAUUAUUGGACACAGACGACAGUUCAGAGUCUGAGGAAGAUAUGAUUGUAGACAUCGAGGGUGAUUUGUCACCACAGAAAAUGAAUGGAGAAUUCAAAAAGAAAACCAAGGAUGUUGUGACAAAACUGAAUGGGGAUAAUGGUUUAGCUUGUGUUAUACCCGAGUCCAAAACGCUCUUGCCCCCCAUGUUGUUAUCACCACUGCCAUGCUCAAAGGACCCUGCUGGAACAAACAAGGGCAGCAGAGCAGAUGACAAAAGUGCAACGCACGUUCUAGUCAGGUUAAAUCUCAGUUUGUUGGAGCAACUUCGUAAAAAGAGAGAAGAAGCAAAGCAAAAAGAAAAGGAAAAGGCAGAAAUGAAAAUGAAACAAGAGAAGGAGAAUAAAGAGCGAGCAAAGGAGAAACGAAGACAAGAAAAGGAGAAAAAUCGUGAGAGAAAGAAUAAAGAGAAAAGAGCAAAGGAGAAGUCGGUGACAGAAAAAUCUGUGUCAACAAUGCCAUUAAAACAGGAAAUUAUGAUGAAUCUUUUUCCAGAUGAGAGGACAAAUGGAUCAAAAGGGUCACCAGAAGGGAAAGAGUCCCCUCUUGGCAGCAUGGAAAUGUUACCAGCGCCACCUAUGUCUCCUCUUGAAAGACUAACAGUACCCACCAAAGAUGAGACCUCGCGUGAUAGGACAGAAACGUAUGCAAUGCCCUCUAGUGGCAAAGUGUCUUCUCCCUUGAAAGGGGGUAAUGGCGAAAACAUUCACAAAUCUCCAAACAGGACAGAGUCUCCGAGUGAAAUAGUUCCUAAUGUGCCAGUAAGUGUCAAAGUUGAAGAGAAUUCCAGUGAUCAAAAAGUAGUGCCAGAGUUAUCAGAGAUUUCUGAAAAGACGUCUUGUACAGGGAUUAAGAGUGAACGAAUUCAAGCCACUGAUGUGGCAGAGGAUGGGGAGAUUCAUAACCCAGUUGAGGAGAAACAACCAGAAACAGACACUGAGGUCCAUGACAUGGAUAUUGAAAAAAGUGAAGAUGAAACAAAAUCUGAAUUUGAAAAAGACAGUGAUAUUAAGGACAAAAGGACUAAGGAUGCUAAUAUUAUAUCCAAAAUUAUAGGGGGGAGUAACGUACCUUCUAUUAAGAUCCCCAAACGUAAGAGAGAGGCAGAUGACAAAUUUGAUCAUAAACGGCACAGACAAGAGCGGAGCUUAGAGAUGGGUGAAGAUGCAGGGCGGGAGAGAGUGGAGAAAAAGGAAAAAUCCAGCCAUGAGGAUGACCGUUCUUGGGACAGAAAACAUCAUCGCAGGUCACACAGCAUUGACAGCAACUCCAGUCGUGCCAGUUCAAUCCACAGUGAGAGGAGAGCCAGAGCACACAAAGAGAAGAAUGGGGUUGCCUGGGAAACCUCCAGUAACAACACUGAUCGUUACCCUGACCGCCAUCGCCACCGCCCUGAGCAGCACUCGGUGCCUCGCUGGGAGGAGGGAGAGUUGCAAUCCCAUGGCUUUUAUCUUCAAGAGGCUCAGAAGCUCAAGCAUUUAGCUGAUCAUAUGAGCGAUAAGCUUGCCAAGUCCAACACUUUCAUGGAGGCUAUUUUAAACUUUGUCCUGUGUGGGUUUGCCAUGGAAGUUGACCACACAAGUAACAACCCAAAUGCAGUGUUCAAUAUGUACAAGCAAACCCUAGGUCUAGUCAAGUAUGUGAUGAGGUUUCGACCGCAUUCAGAAAGCCCAUCUUACAAGAAACUUGCAGUAUUAUGUCUUCGUAUCCAGUCCCUCUUGAGUUACAAGUUGUACAAGUUCAAGAAGACUGAAGUCCUCAAACUCAAGUCCAUCAUUGAUGACCACUACAAGUCAGCAGCAUCGGCACCCAAGUCAGCCGCCCAGGCUCCGUCGCCCUGGAAUAAGCAUAGCACGGGGACCCCAUCUCCAAUGUCUCCCACACCUUCUCCAGCCAGCAUCACUAGCAUUGGAUCAGUGGGAUCCCAGGGCAGCUGCAAUAACGAAAUUGGUGCUGUAAAGGUGACCAAUGGCAGUGCCAGUGCCGCCAUGUCAUCUCCUGCCACUGUGAGUAUUCCGCAGCGAAUUCAUUCCGUCACACAGCAGUACCUUAACUACACGACUUUCCUCGUGCAGGCACAGGAAUACUGGGAUCAAGCCAAUAUGCAAACUAUAGAAAACAAAGGGUUCUUUGAUAAACUGAAUCGAGAAUGUGGUGAAGUUGUGAUGCAUGGUAAUUUGCGCCAUUUAGUCUACUAUGUAAAGCGUGGUUUAGACCGUAUUAAGGAUCAGUGAUAAGGCUGUUGUCGUUUAAAGGACUAUGAGACUGACCCAUAGGUGGCAGUAGUUAGCAGUAGCAGACUCACAGAGACAAGAAAGGCCAGAUGCAAGGAUACAGUAUUUCCAGUUCCAAGAACACAGCCACACUUAAUACACAGUACUGAAGGAAGUGACACAGCAUUGAAGAACAAAUCAUUCAAAAAUAUUUUGUUAAGUAGAUCUGAUAGAAAACAUCUUGAUUGAAAGUUGUACAUUCCACUCACCCAUUGCCAGUAUGUUGUGUCCCAGAUAAAGCUUGUGUUGAGUGUGGCAGUAUAUAUUUUUACAUUGGUUCAACUGCAAUUUGCUCUGCAGAAAAAGUAGUCCAUCCCUGUGGCGUGCAAUGUUUUGAUAUGAAGUGCAAUUAACAUGACCGGUUAGAGUCGCUGCCUCUUGGUAGAGUGUUACAAGAUAUUUGAGUUGAAAAAUGUACAGGAAAGAAAUUGUAAGAGAUUAUUUGACAAGUUAAGUUUCAUCAUAGUAUGUGGUCUUAGCAGGGAUAUUUUGUCACAAUAAUGCAAUACUCCUUAUGCUGCAGUUUGAACACCAAAUCAGUUUGCUCUUGAACUGUCUUCCAUAUUGUCGCAUGAAUUCUGGGUAAACUAAAACUUCACUCAAAAAUGAAAGGUAUCAAAGACAGGCUUUAAAGCCUGUAGGUUGUGACAAGAGAAAGAAGUCGAUUUGCUGACUGCCAAUGACUGACACCUACAAUUAGUAUUUUAUGUUUUGUCAUUUUUGUUGAUUUUUUUUUUUAUAUUUUUUCUGCUAUUCUGAAUUGCAGUAGAAACCGUGAAAUAAUGGAAUUUACUUUUGUAUAAUUUUAUCUGCAUUUUGCCAUCUUUGCAUGUUUGUAUGUGUUUUUUUGUCCAUGGUUGUGCUUCAUGAUUCAACUUUCAUUGACAUCAGUUGUUUGGGUUCAGAGGAAUAAGUGUGCACACCAGUGAUUCAUGAAUUCUUUGCUCUCGACUACAGCUGAUGAAGCCAUUUUAAUUUUUCACCUGUGAAACCAUUUACAAGUGCAAAACCAUCAUGUAUUUGGUGAAUUAUAGACUGCUUAUUGGUCUAAAUAUUUCAGCAAUAUGUGUCUUAUCUUGUAAUUUUUCUUAUUUAUUUAAACACCUUUUAUGAGAGAAAAGAAGUGCACACAUAUUCCUCUAAAUCUCUUUCAAAA